AUGACAGUACUCUCCAGCUUCAAUUUCAAUAACACACUCUUCAACUCUAACAACAAAACACUGGCGAUGCCUAAAGGCCCUACUGGCUCUCGUCCAUAUGCAGCAGUGGCUGCUGAGCGACAAUCAGGUGGACAACCAGCAGCAUUUACAAGCGAGAAGUUUGCUUUCGACAAAUUCAAUCUCUCUAAGCCGCUACCAAAGAAUGUAUCACUAGAGGCAAACGUCUCUACCUUUACAGUGGACUGGAAUUGUCAUCAACUCAAUUUAUCUACAACACCCCCUGUUCAGUUUUCAGAGGAAUGGCAAAUAAAUGCAUCAACUACCAACAAUCCUGGCACGGCAUGCUCCAAGAAUAUCAGUCAAGAGAUUCGUCUUGCCGGCACGGACACAGACGCGCGUGCGUGGAUUAAUGUUACACGUUGUAAAGAUGAUGAAGUCGGGCUUCUUGCGACGCUUUGGGUGCCUACAAGAAAAGAUAUUUGGGAUCUACCCAAGGCUGGAAAAUCUCUUGGGUUCUUUUGCAAUCCUCGAUACAGUAUUGGGGAUGCGUCUGUCAAACUCAACGCCUCGUCCGGGAUGAUCACCAGUUACACUAUAAACUACGAAUCUUUUGUUGAUGUCAACAUCCAAACAUCUAUGGAAGCCACUUACGCAUAUCUCACCAAUCCCAAUGAUUCUCGUUUCCAAACGUCUACGACAGGCCCGCUGGAGCAGUUAGAGCUCAAUCAGACCGUAGUUCGUGCUGCAGCGCACUCUUUUAUCUAUCUCACCGGUAUCGAUCCUUUCUUCGCAUCCAUGACCGGAAGACGGCUUGGUAAUCUAAGUGAAACGUACAUGGAAAACCCGGAAGUUUUUAAAAGCGAGGUUGAAACUUUUGCUAGCCAAAUCAUGGUACAGGUCGUCAGUUCUUUCGCGCGAGUUGAGGACUCCACAGAAACAAGAGGGCUAUUAACUACUAUUCAGCCAAGAAUUUUCAUACGGCAAUUUACACUCCGCCUUCUCUAA